UCGUCUGUCAACGCGUCUGUGCUCGACGCGAAAUUGAUAGUCAAUUGCAACAAAAAAAAAAUAAAAAAUGAACAAUUUACUGAAUAUUUCUGUUACACAAGUGUGGUUCCGGUUACCAGUUGCGUUGGUCACCGUCGCAAAUUUUCAUGAUUCGAUCGUGGAAAACAAGUAAUUAUUGUUUCAUCGUUCAACUCGUUAUUAAAAUCGGGAAACUCGUACUCGACGAGAAUUCAAAUUCCACUUUUCCAAUGUGCGGUACGUGACAGCAGAUAACAGUUUGUUUACUUGAUUGGCAAUAAUUUUCGGAUGCGUCGUAUGGGCGUUGAUUAGUUGACAAACAUGUUAAAAAUGUUUCGUGACGAGGUGAGUUCCAAAGCCGCCCUUGAUCCAAGCUAUAUUCAAUGGCAACCUGGAAGAGGUAAAGGCUUUGCUGACGCAACAAGUUGAUGUAAAUUCGAGAGAUUCCGAACAACGAUCUCCUUUACACGCAGCUGCUUACAUGGGAGAUCCAGCCAUCGUGCAGUCGUUAAUAACUUGGGGAGCUUUUGUCAGCCAAAAAGACAACAGAUGGCUUACACCAUUGCACCGAGCCUGCCGUUCGGGUAAUUGGGGCGCCGUUAACGUCCUGCUGAUGUACGAGGCAGAUGUGAAUAUCCGUGAUCGCAAUUGGCAAACUCCGCUGCACGUUGCUGCUGCAAAUAAUGCGAUACAAUGCGCAGAGAGUCUUAUCCCUCUGCAAAACAUAAACGUCACAGACAGGGGUGGAAGAACGAGCUUACAUCAUGCGGCCUACAAUGGACAUUUUGAAAUGACGGAGCUUUUAAUAUCUCAACCCGGGUGCAUACUCAACGCUUGCGACAAGAAAGAUCGGAGAGCCUUACAUUACGCCGCUCACAUGGGUCACGAUGCUAUUGUCAAAUUACUAGUCGAAAAUACAGCAUCGGUCGAUGUUAAGGAUCGUGAAUUAUAUACUCCGCUGCAUGCCGCCGUUGCUUCAGGGAAAGUGAACUGUGUCCGAAUAAUCAUUGCCGCCGGAGCAGACGUUGAGGCAAAGAAUGUCUAUGGAAAUACACCGUUGCACAUAGCCUGCUUCAACGGGCAUGCGAACACUGUGACGGAAUUGAUCAACCACAACGCAAAUAUCGAGGCAUUGAAUUACCGUGGUCAGACACCGCUCCACGUUGCUGCCGCCAGCGUGCACGGCGUCGAGUGUUUGGAGGUUUUACUAUUUUCCGGUGCGCAAAUAAACGUUCAAUCUCAGGAUGGUCGUACUCCGUUGCAUGUGACCGCCAUUCACGGUCGAUUCACACGCUCCAAGAGUCUCCUCGACAGAGGAGCGUCAGUCGACACCCGUGAUAAGAAUGGAAACACAGCUCUGCAUAUCGCGGCGUGGUACGGACACGAAUGUCUCUCGACUACCUUACUUGAGCGUGGCGCCUCACCAGCAGCACGAAACUCCGAUCAGAGAACACCCCUUCAUCUUAGUUGCCUCGCAGGGCAUAUAGAGGUCUGCAGGAAGCUAUUACAAGUGGACAAUCGGCGUAUGGAUUCCAGGGAUAUCAAAGGUCGGACGCCGUUACACUUGGCUGCUUUCAAGGGUUCGGUGGAAUGCUUGGACUUGUUACUUUCGAGCGGGGCCAACUUUCGAUUGCCGGACAAUCAAAACAGAUCUGCACUGCAUUACGCCGCUGGCCAGGGCCAUUAUCUCUGCGUUUUCACUCUGGUGGGAUUUGUCAGCGACGUCAACGCUCAGGAUGCAGAGGGCGCAACACCCUUGCAUCUCGCAGCUGCAGCUGCCGAUCCUUCGGACUCUGAAGCACGGUGUGUGCAAUACCUGUUGAAGCAUAAAGCUGACCACCUAGUGCGAGAUAAACGUGGAUUCACAGCGAUUCAUUACGCCGUCGCGGGAGGAAAUCAACCCGCUCUCGCAGCGUUACUCCGAGCAUCCGCACCUCAUAAUCCAUUGGUUUCGUCGGCCUCGUUCGGUACAACCACAGCAGACGGGGAUCAUCCGCAAUGUCCAGCUCUUACGCCGUUACAUCUCGCGGCUUAUUAUGGCCACGGAGAAAUCUUGAGACUUCUACUGCCACUCUUCCCGAAUACCAACAUUAAAGAAGAAACUGGCAAGACGCCUUUGGACUUGGCAUCAUACCAAGGGCACAAGCAGUGUGUACAACUGUUACUCAGAUGCGGUGCUCUUGUAUCGGUGCAGGAUUCCGUCACGAGAAGAACUCCUGUACACUGUGCCGCUGCAGCGGGUCAUUCCGAAUGCUUGAUUUUAUUAUUGGAAAAUACCGAGGACCCCUCAGUUGUGGAUCGUUGCGAUGCCAAGCAACGAACCGCAUUGGCAUUGGCAGUAGCAAAUGCACACCUCGAUUGUGCCGUAUUGCUCUUAAAAUAUAAAGCGGACUGCAAUUUGCCUGACAUAAAUAAGCAUACUCCAUUGUUUCGCGCAGCAAUUCAAGGACUACACCACAGGCUCGGAGAUCUUCUUUUAGAAAAUGGCGCUAUUGUCUCAGUCCAGGAUGGCAAUGGAAAAACACCUUUGCACCUGGCAGCGGCAUGCGGCAGACGGUCAGUUCUGGCAGCAUUAAUAGCAGCUGACCCUAAAGCGGCGACGCUAAAGGAUGAUCAAGGUUGUAACGUGUUACACUGGGCAUGCUACAACGGCCAUUCCGAUUGUGUCGCAUAUCUUUUGGAACAGAAUGUGAUUGACUCGCUGGAAGGUAAUCCAUUUUCUCCGGUACAUUGUGCCGUCUAUCAAGGCUCGACUAAUUGUCUGAUAUCAUUGAUACGCAAGUUUGGAGGAAAGGCAGUAGCAACACCUAGGGAUACGCUUGGUGGACGCUUGCCUUUGCAUGUCGCCGCCAGCGCUGGCUCUGCGGAUUGUGUUCGUCUCAUUCUAACUGCAGUCGGAUCAGAAGAAGCAGGUCUUGAAGCACUAGACUGUGAAGGACGAACACCUUUGUUAAGCGCUGCGGUAACAGGACAAUGCAACGCUAUCGAGUUAUUAUUGGAAUGGCAGGCGAACGUACGUGCUGUCGAUGCAAACAAAAACACUGCACUUCACUUGGCGUGCCAAAGACGUCAAUCACCGGCAGCUCUGGUUCUACUUGAUCACAUAAACAGCAUGUGCGUCGAGGGUGAAACCUUGCAGGAGCAACAACAGCAUAGAGCGGCAAUAAUAAAUAUGGCGAACAAGCAAAUGAGAACGCCGUUACACCUUGCAGCAAGAAAUGGUUUAGUGUCGGUGACACGCAGACUUUUGCAGCAAGGUGCCAGUGUUGUUGCAGUCGAUGCAGACGGGCUUACACCUGCACUUGCCUGUGCUCCAAAUCCAACCGUCUCUCGUUGUUUAGCUACAAUACUUGCAACUAAUGGUCAAAACUGGAAUGCCGAUCAACCGACUUCGAUUCAGCAAACCUCGGAGGCCUACUUGAAAAGUCGUUCUGGUGAUUCUCAACAUAGCUCCGAUUCCGAGUUUUAUUGAUAGCAAAUGGUGUUAAGGUUACAAUCCUCAAGUUCCCAAGACUUGAAAGUCUCAUUUUUGCCAACUUAUGCGUAUCCAUUGUACGUAUAUGAAUAUUCUAAAGAACUCCAGCAGGCACUUCUAGCAGAGAGCCGAGACGUCAGGGACUAUCAGUGAGCGUUUUUGUUGAUAAAUUUAGAUUUAUUUCUCAAUUAUCGAGUGCUGCAUAGUCGGCACUCAUGCCUGUAUGCGUGAAAUCGAGGAUACGCGACUACUGCCGAGUUUUACUUCACAGAUAUUCAGUCUGAGAAUCACUGGUUACCGUAAACAGAUGUAUACACAUAUAAGUAAGCACAAGGUGAUUUCCCAAAUUUGCUCAGUAAAAAUACCGCUCUGUCAUAUGAUUUUUGGGUAUUUCAUUUGAUGCAUCAAACUCAGAAAUCGAGGUUCGAAAGUCCUACCAAAAUUAAUAAAGAUGAAUUAGAUUGCAACAA